GCAGCGGCGGCGGCGGCAGCUGGGCAGGGCUGGGCCGAGCUGCGGACGCCAGGCCCCCCGAUCCCCGCCAGGCUGCGGACACCAGGCCCCCCGAUCCCCGCCAGGCUGCAGGCGCCGGGCCUGGGCCGUCAGGGCAGCUGUGACCCUUGCGCUCAGCGGGUGGCGAGCUGGGGGUGCGCCCGGAUCCCCGCCCCCGGGAUCAUGGGGAAUGGCAUGACCAAGGUACUUCCUGGACUCUACCUCGGAAACUUCAUCGACGCCAAAGACACGGAUCAGCUAGGCCGGAAUAAGAUCACACACAUCAUCUCCAUCCACGAGUCACCCCAGCCUCUGCUGCAGGACAUAACCUACCUUCGCAUCUCAGUGGCCGACGCCCCUGAGGUACCCAUCAAAAAGCACUUCAAAGAAUGUAUCAACUUCAUCCACUGUUGCCGCCUCAAUGGGGGAAACUGCCUUGUGCACUGCUUUGCAGGCAUCUCCCGAAGCACCACCAUCGUGACGGCAUAUGUGAUGACUGUGACAGGACUGAGCUGGCGGGACGUGCUUGAAGCCAUCAAGGCCACGCGGCCCAUCGCCAACCCCAACCCAGGCUUUAGGCAGCAGCUUGAAGAGUUUGGCUGGGGCAGUUCCCGGAAGCUUCGCCGGCAGCUGGAGGAGCGCUUCGGGGAGAGCCCUUUCCGCGACGAGGAGGAGGUGCGCGCGCUGCUGCCGAUGUGCGCGCGCUGCCGGCAGGGCUCUGCGAGCGCGGCCUCUUCCCCCGCGCCCAGCUCCUCGGCCUCGGAGGGGACCUUGCAGCGCCUGGUGCCGCGGUCGCCCCGGGAAGCCCACCGGCCGCUGCCGCUGCUGGCGCGCGUCAAGCAGACUUUCUCUUGCCUCCCGCGGUGUCUGUCCCGCAAAGGCAGCAAGUGAGGAUCCUGCCCCGCCGUGGCGCCCCUCGGCCUCUCGACCGGUCCCCUUCGGGGAUUGUCUGCGCCUCCCACGGCCUUCAGGACGGGCCCAGAGCCUGUGGGAGCCCCGCGGCGGCCUGAUCCCCGCCCCUGCCCCCUUCGCGCCUUGCUUGUCUGCGUCCGCGGUCAGUGUGUCCUCCAUCUGUGUGUGUGGCUCUGUGUCUGGGCCGGCCUGCUGCAGCUACCUGGUGCCUUAGUUCUUGGGCUGGGGGAGGGUGCCCCCGGCCCCCCCUCCCAUUAAAGGCGGUGGGAGUGGGAGUGGGUGGGUGGGGUAGUUGGAUGGGCCUGGAGGAUAUUAAAGAGACACAGAAG